AUGAAGCUGUACCUGGUUUUCCUUUUUGUGGCCUCGGUUGUUGCGACGGGGAAGCCCCGCCGCCCAAAUUCCGGACCCGUUUUCGCUCUUGAUAGUAGUGAAGUUGACAAACUACCGUCUAAAACAGCCGACACAUUUGUUGGAAGGCCUUCAAAUCUUGACCCAGCUGAUUUCACUGGUGUUUCAUGGGCAGUUGCGCCUCGAAUCAACGUGAUUAACGGGGAAUCGUUUUACUGGGUGCCAAUCGAGGUGUUAACAGUAGAGCAGCAUGUGGUGAGAAUGGAUCUCAUCAUAAUGAAAAUUUCGGUUGGAGAAUCAGUUUGUGCAAGAGAUGGAUCGUUGAAUGAUAUCAAUCCUACAAGAUGCCCACUGAAGAAGAACGGGAAACGGGCAGUUUACGAAGUGAAGAUUUCUACUGAAAAGGUUAAAGAACCAAAGAAAGUUGUUGGAGCAGAAAAGGAAGCUGAAUCAGUGAGAUCAUCGGAAGACAAUGAAUUGAUUAUGAAUUGA